AUGGAGUUUCUCGUCCGUUUCUCUCAGGCCCAUGAGUCUUUUCGGCUCCCCGAGCUCCAGGCUCUCGCCGACUUGGAGGGCAUCGACAUGAAAGUCGUCGAGUAUAGCCUAGAUUCUCCCUUCUGUAUCAUCACCCUUCCUUCACCCUCUCUGGCUCCUCGUCUCGUAGCCCGUUCCCUCUUAACCCAAUCCAUCCACCAACUCCUCGCCUCCGCCCCAACCCACGAGAAAAUCCACCCUAUCCUCAAGUCCCAACUCUCCUCCUCCUCUUCCGACUCGCCGUCAUCCACCACAAACACCUUUGACUGGUCCACCGUCACAAAAUCCACCUUCAAAUUCUCCCUCGACACAUACCAAUCCUCCCGGCCCCACGCCUCCUUCGUAUCCCUCAUAAACGCCUACAAAUACCUCCCCCUAAAGGGCGCCAUCGACCUCAAAACCCCCGACCUCGAGCUCACAAUCUUUGAAGACUGGGACCUCCGCGGCGCCGAGUCCCCCAAACGCGUCCACCUAGGCCGCUUCCUCGCCACCGGAGCCCGCUCCCUGUCGCUCAAAUACGACCUCAAGAAACGGGGGUACAUUAGCACGACAUCAAUGGACUCGGAACUCGCCCUCGUCACCGCGAACCUGGCUCACGCCGCCCCCGGCAAACUCUUUUACGACCCCUUUGUCGGGACGGGUUCCUUCCCCGUUGCGUGUGCGCAUUUCGGGGCGCUGGGGUUCGGGAGCGAUAUCGACGGGCGUGCGAUCCGCGGCAGCGGAGGGGAGAAGAGCGUAAAGGGGAAUUUCGCGCAGUACGGCCUCUUGGAGCGCGUGGGCGAGUUCUGGACGGCGGAUUUGACCAACUCGCCGGUGCGGAGGGUCCGGUGGCUCGACGGCAUCGUGUGCGAUCCGCCGUACGGCGUCAGGGAGGGGUUGCGGGUGCUGGGGUGCAGAGAUCCGGAGAAGACGCCGUGGGUUGUCGAAGCUGGAAAGCAGCGGUAUAAGUCGGGAGACUUCAUCGCCCCCAAGAAGCCGUACAGCUUCCUCGCCAUGCUCGACGACAUCCUCGAGUUCGCCUCUGAAACACUCGUCGACGGCGGCCGCCUCUCCUUCUGGAUGCCAACGGCCAACGAUGAGGACCAGGAGAUUCCGACACCCCAGCAUCCCCGGCUCGACAUCGUCGUCACAUGCGUACAACCGUUUAACAAAUGGUCCCGUAGACUUAUUACAUACCGACGCAUUCCCGACAGCCAGGUCGACCCGGAAAGGCUGGCGGCCUACAAACGCACAUUUGUAGCAGGAACAACAGCAGAUGAGUUGAACCCCUUUCGACGGGGCUACUUCACAAAGUUUGAAAAAGAGGAAGCCUGA